UUACAGGAGAGAUGAUGACAAUAAUAAAGCAUCCAUCAAUAUGAGUACAUUACAUGUAGACACUGAGUUUUUCACAUUUUGUAAUGUAACUGUUACUUGUUAAUACAUUUACAGCAAUCCCAUCAUGUGUUUAUACAUUUAUCAACACAUUUAAGAAACAGCUACAAAAUACAGAAACAAGACAUCAACAGUUUGCUUUCAUGUGUCUAACACACACACACACACACACACGUGCGUGUGCAUAUCCGCACAAAUUUUCACACAUUUUUUAAAAGUCCUUUGAAGAAAAACAGCAAACAGUAUUUAGCCUGUAAUUUUCCUUCAUACAAGUCCACCAAUAUUUUUUAUUUCGAUUGUAGUAAAGUGCAGAUGAGCCUAAUUUAUAUGUAUCUUACACUAUGUCUCUUUGCAUGCCCUAAGUUCAUUUGUCUGAAACAUCUGCCUUCUCUGACUGGCCACUCAGCUCAAACAGCAGGUGAACAGCAGGUGUAUGUAACUCUUCUGCUUGAGAGGAGUAUGUUAAAGAUAUUCCUUCUGUUGGACAUCAUGGAGAUCCAAGUCUGAAGCCUGAGCUUUUGGUUCACAGGGAUUACUUCAAACACUGACUGAGCUUUUGAAACUUUGGCCAUGUUUGAUAUAAGGAUCCAUCACUGCGCACUCUGUUUAUAUGAAAGAAAGUCACAAAAUCAGAAAAAAAAACCCCAAGAAAACGCACAACAUUUGUUACAGAAUAUGUUUUAUGUGUGCAUGCCUGUGCUUUACACUGGUGUGUGUGUGCAUAGUGUAUAUGGGCACAUGCAUGUCCCCGGGAAUGUAAACACAUUCUAAGACUUCCUGUCCGAGGAUGAAACUGAAGGGAGCUUUGGAGAGUGAGGGAGGAAGGUAUUAAGCCCGAGCCGCUGAAUGAAGAGAGAGACUAAAAAUGAUGGAAAAAGAAGGAGAAAGAGGAGAAGAGACAAAUAAGAACACACUGACACAGGUGAGAUUUACAAACACAGAUGGAGAGGCCGAUAGACGGGAGGGUGUUUGUUUCUCGUAAUUAGAAAACCUGAGAGGAGAGACACGACCGGCACGCACAAAACAGAAAUGGAACUCUACCUGAUGAUGAACUGCUUAACGCAGAAAGACGACUUCCAGAAACGGGUAUGAAGAUACAAAGGUGCAAAGGUCACUGAAAGCUGAAGCAUCCUUGGACAACGAUGAAGGAAUUUUGGAUUAGGAUUUAAAGACACCCCAGUUUCAUCAUAGUUGACUUCAGAGUUACUCAUUUGACUGAUCUCCUUUUUCUCAGCAGUUUCCACUUUAUCAUCCGUGUCAUCCUCAAAAUCCUCAUCAACAUCAUUAAGGUGGCUUAUCACCUCAUCGCACAUCAUCAUGAUGAUGAACAUUAACGGUACAGAGUCCUGGCUUUUCAUCAACACUUCCUUUAAUACACCUCAAAUAUCGGGUCCAGCUAACACAAGUGGUAUGGAAAGAUAUCUUCAAAGACUGGCACAUUUAGAUGAGGGGCUCUACAAUGACUUCUAUGGCCUUUGGAUUGCACUGGUGGUCAUAAACUCCCUUAUUUUCCUGGUGGGCAUGGUGCUCAACAUAGUUGCACUUUAUGUUUUCUGUUUCCGCACCAAGCAAAAGACCACCUCAGUCAUCUACACCAUCAACCUGGCCGUGAGUGACCUCUUGGUGAAUCUCUCUCUACCGACUCGCAUCCUGCUCUACUACAGUGGAGGAGCUUGUAUCACCUGCUCAUAUCUGCACAUCUUCAGCUACUUUGUCAACAUGUACUGCAGUAUCCUGUUUCUGACCUGCAUAUGCGUCGACCGGUACCUUGCCAUUGUGCAGGCUGAAGCCUCUCGUCGUUGGAGGAACUCCAGUGUGGCCAAAUGUGUUUGCAUUUCUGUAUGGCUGUUUGCCAUUGUGGUUACCUACUCCUUUCUCUCCACCGCUUUUCAGCACACAGGCUGCUGUCUCUCAAAGCUCCUCUUUCUCACCAUCACUGAGUUCUUUCUACCACUUGUCAUCAUUGUGGUCUUCACUGUGCGCAUUAUGUGGGCCUUAACAGACCGUCGUCUGAUGCAGCAGAGCAGGGAUAGGAGAAGGAGAGCUGUCCAGCUGUUGACAACUGUGCUGAUCAUCUUCACAGUCUGUUUCACACCCUUUCAUGUUAGACAGGUGGUGGUAUACUUCUACCCUGACAUGCCUCACCAUGUGAUAGUGUACCAUCUAACUGUCACCCUCAGCAGUUUGAAUAGCUGUAUGGAUCCUGUUGUCUACUGUUUUGUUACAAAUAAUUUCCAGGCCACUAUGAGACAUCUUUUCCGCCGCGCAGAGCCCGAGCAGACCAGUGGUGACAUUGUCAGUAUGCAGCACAGCUCUAAAGCCUCAGCAGGGACGGCCAACGCCAUAACUAAUAAUGUUAUAUUGAUGACCAAGAUUCCCAGAUCACUGCAGAGCAGCAACAUGGGAAAGGACCGCGCACUGUAAAAUAUUUGACAAAGGGUACAUAAAACUAAAAGUUACAGGGAUGGCACAGUUAAAGUUCUGAGUUCUCCAACUUGCUGACCAGCAGAACUCAACACAGACACUCAGUGCUGCCAUUGUUUUUUCCAAUGAUGAGUGCCAACACAAUAACAUGCAGAUAUUGUUUUUCAUCACACCAAGAAACAUCGCUAUUCCUCUGGACUGACUUUUCAUCUGUCAAUGUCUAUAGAC